CGGCAGAGUGGGGCUGAGCCCCCCAUAGUGGGUGACCCCAAUUUGGGGGAGCGCCCAUGGGUGCCCUGAGCUGUGCCCGUUCUCAGCCCUCUCCGCGCUGUCACCCAGCCUGGCCGGUGUCCCCUCCCGGUGUCCCCACGCUGUCCCCUCGCGCCGGGCAGGGCGGUUCCCCUCUGCCCUUAUCAGCGGGCCGCAGCCGCUCCGUGUUUUCGGUGCUUUCUCCCCAAUCUGUACCGGGGCUGCUGACGCCGCGUGUCCCCGCGGCUCCCCAGGAUGAGCACGGCCGCCAGCCCCGAGCCCCUGCCCGAGCCCCCGGCGCCGGGGCCGCGCUGUCCCCCCCAGGAGGACCCCGAGUUCCUGCGGGCGCGGAGCGGGGCCGGGGACCUGCGCCAGGACUUCAACCUGAUGGAGCAGAAGAAGCGGGUGACCAUGAUCCUGCAGAGCCCGUCCUUCCGGGAGGAGCUGGAGAGCCUCAUCCAGGAGCAGAUGAAGAAGGGGAACAACUCGUCCCACGUGUGGGCGCUGCGGCAGAUCGCCGACUUCAUGGCCACCACGUCCCCUGCCACCCUGCCCACCUCCCCCAUGGGGCUGGCGUCGGUCACCCCCAUCAAUGACCUGCAUGGGACAGAGGGGCCGGCCCUGGCCAAGGGCGAGCGGCUGAUGCGCUGCAAGGUGGGCAGCAUCCACCGGCUGCUGGACCUGUACGGCUGGGCACAGCUGGGACACGCUGCUGUCACCCUGCGGGUCAGCAAGGAGCAGGAGCACUUCCUGGUGGCCCCGCAGGGGCUGGCGUGCAGCGAGGUGACAGCGGCCAGCCUGGUGAAGGUGAACGUGCUGGGGGCCGUGGUGGAGCAGGGCAGCACCGGCUUCGCCCCCGACGCCCGCAGUUUCAGCCUCCACGCCGCCAUCUACGCGGCGCGCCCCGACAUCCGCUGCAUCGUGCGGCUGCACACCCCGGCCGCGGCCGCCGUACGCGGGGAACGGGGCGGGACAGUGCCCAUCUCCGCGGCUGCCCCCGGGGGCGGGGACGUUGCCUACUUCGACUUCCGCGGGGAGGUGGAGGACGAGGCGGAUCGCGUGGAGCUCGGCAAGUGGCUUCUACCACUCCACCUGCAGGCGGCCUGCGAGGUGCAGGUGUCGGCGCUGGCGAGCGCGGGCGGCGCGGAGAACCUGAUCGUGCUGGAGCGGGGCGCGCAGCAGCAGCGCGGCCCGCAGGGGCUGAGCGCCGUGCGCCGCGCCGGGGCCACCUUCGGGCCGCUGCACAAGAGCCGCCUGGGCGAGCACGAGUUCGAGGCGCUCAUGAGGAUGCUGGACAACCUGGGCUACCGCACGGGCUACACGUACCGCUACCCCUUCGUGCAGGAGAAGAGCAAGCCCAAGAGCGACGUGCUGAUCCCCGCCACCGUCACGGCCUUCGUGUUCGAGGAGGAGCCCGCCGGGACCCCCGCCCUGCGCCAGCACGCCCACAAGCAGCAGAAGGAGAAGACGCGGUGGCUCAACACCCCCAACACCUACACCAGGGUCAGCCUGGCCGAGGAGGCGCAGGGCAGCGCCGGGGCCCAGAGGACAAAGACCACGUGGCUGCGGGCAGACGAGGUGGAGAAGGGCAGCAGCGGGACCCCGAUCCGCAUUGAGAACCCCAACCAGUUCGUGCCGCUCUACACGGACCCGCAGGAGGUGCUGGAGAUGCGCAACAAGAUCCGCGAGCAAAACCGCCAGGACGUGAAAUCAGCCGGGCCCCAGUCGCAGCUGCUGGCCAGCGUCAUCGCCGAGACCAGCCGCAGCCCCUCCACCGAGAGCCACCUGGGGGACGCAGAGGCCAAGGAGGGCGGGGAGGAGGCGCCCCCCGAGCCAGAGCCCCCCAACCCCUUCAGCCAGCUGACGGACCAGGAGCUGGAGGAGUACAAGCAGGAGGUGGAGAGGAAGAAGCGCCUGCAGGGUGAGAAGGACGCGGCAGCUGAGGAGAGCGGGGCUCCCCCCCCAGAGCCGCCCCCGCCAGAGCCCCCGGCGCCCACGGAGCCCACGGAGGGUGAUAAGAAGGCCGAUGGUGGCCAAGCCCCCCCCGAUCCCACUGCCAAGAAGGAGCCACCGGCGGUGGUGAACGGGAAGGAUGAGGAGCAAAGCACCGAGGAAAACCUUGGAAAAGGGGGGACAGACCGGACAACCACCAACGCCGACCAGGAUGCCCCCAAGGAGAAGGAGACAGUGACCAGCAACCCCGUGUCCCCCGACGGUUCACCCUCCAAAUCACCCUCCAAAAAGAAGAAGAAAUUCCGGACCCCGUCUUUCCUGAAAAAAGGCAAAAAGAAGGAAAAGAUCGAGUCCUGAGUGUCCUGUGGCCUCACCAGGGAUCCUGGCAUCGCCGGGACCCCGAGGCGCGGCUCUAAACCCCAGAACCCGGCUGCUUCCUGGGCCCGAGGCACCUCGUCCCCCUUAUCACCCGCCUCUGGGGGCUGUCACCGGGCUCAGAGAGACCGUGGUCCCUGUCUGGGGAAGCUCCCGCUGCACCUCCCUGCCCCUCUCCCUCCUGGGCUCCGGCCCCUUCCCACACCGUGGGCCGAGGGCUGGACUGUCUCCACCAGAGCCCAGAUCUUCUUGGUUUGAGGAAGAAAAGGGUGUUUCGUGGUUAUUCUCUUCACCUUCUGUUUCAAGCUCUGCUGGAAUGGCGCCGGCUUCAUCCCCAGGGAAAACUGUCCAUCGCUUCACCAGGAGAACAGGAUCGAGCUGAAGGCUUUUCCUGAAGAGGAGCUGAGGUUUUUCCUCCCCGGAUUGUAAACCUUCCUCCCCAUGGGCUCAAGAACCACUUCCUCCCCUUCUCCUGGUAGCCCCAGCCCGUGUUUUCCCCACCCAAGGAAGAGCAGCAGGAUUUCCCACCGCUGGAAAAGCCCCCACCUCACUGCACGACCCGCACCUGGGAAAAUAGGGAAAAGAACCCCACACCCCUCCGGGACUUGUCUGUGUUAUUUAAAACUGAGCAAAACUCACUCACUAAGUGCUACUUCGGGAUGAACACACGCUGCCAGCUCACAGCGGCCACGCCGGCCCCCUGCUUUUCCCAGCUCUGGAAUUCCCAGCACAAGUUCCAUCCUUCCUGGCGUUCCCUUCCCUCCCAGCGUUACAGCCUCCUGGCCACCCCUGCCCGGGAAGAGCCCCAGCCCUGCCCGCGCUCCCCACAGCCCUUCCAGCGCUGGGAUUUGGGGAUAAACCACCGGGAUCAGCCCCAAACCCUCCCCCCUUCCUGGGGUGCUCGCCCUGAGCCUUGCUGCGUCCGUGGAGCCCUGCCCAGGAGGUUUGGGAUACCCCAGAACCCCCGUCUGGGGCUCCCCCAGCCCAGCAGGGUUUCCCCGCGUGCCAUCAGUGUGGUUUCAAACCGAGGGGACACUCUGAGCCCCUCAACCCUGUCACUGGGGGGCUGUUCCUCACUGCCACUGAUUCUGAGGCUCUUUGAGGCCAUUUUUGUCACCUGGGUGCCCCGGGGCAGCAGAGCCCGCAGAGACAGCCGUGUCCCCUCCCUGGGGUAGCACUGUCACACCUGGGGGCAAUUCCUGAAUGACAGCACUGCCACACCCCCAGCCCAACCCGGGGGCUCCCCCAGGGGUUUUGUCCCCACUCUGUCCCUGAAGGUGUGUGCCCAGGGCCUUUGUCACCCCUUUGCUCCCCAGGGGUCUGUCCCCGGGGCCUUUGUCACCCCUUUCUCCCCAGGGGCCUGUCCCCAGGGCCUUUGUCACCCCUUUUCCCAAGGGCCACUGGCUUUGCAGAGGACCCUGGGGAUGACCUCCCCAUCCAUGAAAUUCCAGGUAGAAAGGGACAAAGGCUCCAGUGCCACCAUCAUCACCACGAUGGAGGUAAACAGAGCCAAGAUCACCCCCCAGGACCACCCCUCGGGUAAUUCCCCCAGCCCACCUCCCCGCCUCCCCUUCCCCUCGCUCCAGCAAGGCUCAGGGUGGGGGCAAAUCCCUGAUCCGCACCCCCGCUGGAAAACAGAGGCAGGUCCCACCCUGGCAGCGGGGAAGGGCGAGUCCCGCGGGGCUCGGCACCUCUCCUCUGCCCACCGGGGCGGCAGGGCGGGCGCUGGAGCCGCGGAACGGCACCGGGAGGAGGCCGGGGGGUGGCACGUCCCCCCGCGUGUGACAAUCGCGGCCGGGAGCGCGUGGAACGCCGGUGUAAAUAAAUAAACCCCGUGUUUGGC